AAGAAAUGAAACCGCACACUUUCCCGAUUCUGCGCUUGAUAUCGACUCUUCCACCACACAAUCCGGCGAACAACAACCACGAAACUCAUUCUCGAAUCUCCAGCCCGCGUGGUCAAGGUUGAAGGUCAAAAUGUCUUCUACGGAGGCCAAUCCAGCCGUCGUCAAGAAGUUCGGGUCCGGCGAGCGAUCUGUCCCUCAUCACUCCCAGAAGGCCAGGAAGUGGUAUCCCGCCUACGACGAGCCUCAACGCAAGAAGGCCCGCAAGACGCUUCACCCAGCCAAACCUCGAGCAUCGCUACAGCCUGGCGCCGUGCUGAUCCUCCUCGCCGGUCGAUUCCGCGGCAAGCGAGUCAUCCUCCUCAAGAACCUCAAGGAAGGCGCACUCCUCGUCACCGGGCCCUUCAAGAUCAACGGAGUGCCUCUCCGACGAGUGAACUCCAGAUACGUCAUUGCCACAUCCACAAAGGUCGACAUCGGCGGACUGGACCAGUCAACACUGGACAAGAUUGCCAGCCCAGAGUACUUCGCGCGGGAGAAGAAGAGCAGGAAGCAGAAGGGCGAGGAGGCGUUCUUGAAGCAGGGAGAGAAGCCAGAGAAGAAGGCCCCCGCAUCCGAACGUGCAGCCGACCAGAAGACGAUUGACAAGCCCAUACUUUCCGCCAUCAAGAACGAAGAGUUCCUCGCGAGCUACCUCAAGUCCAGCUUCAGCCUGAGACACGGCCAGAAGCCCCACGAGAUGGCGUUCUGAGCUGGUCGUCCACAGCCGGCCGGGGUCAUUCGACUUCUUGAGCAGGAGCCGAAUGCUGCUUGUUGUUUUGAAGGGGGGGCGAGGGGUGUCGUUGCGAACGCAAGGGAGGUGCUUGCUUGCUUGCUUCUGCUCGGGGACCUGGCUGCCAGCGAGAGAUCCAACAGAGAGGCAGUUAGUUGAGCGGGGGAGUGGGAGCGGAUUGAGAUAGAAAACCGAGAUUCGAGGGGGCGUUAUGAUGUGUGUAUGCUUGCACCACCACACCCAAGGGGGGUCGACUUUUCGAGCAGCUAGCCAUGACUCUUUUCCCACACAUGAAGGGAGGACCAAAAGAAAAAAGAAACACCAAGCUGUGACAAAGUGGGACGGGGCGGUUUGAACCAGUGAUCUUGCGAUCCCCCCCCAAAAAACACACACACGAACAAAGAACGGAGCUUUGUGCAAUCAUGGCCGAUAAUGCCAUUUUCAUUAUUGCGCCCCAAGAGACCCAAUAACAGAGAAAUGUGUCAAGCAUCAACUGCAAGUAAUGGAUUGGUCGAAACCCAAGCUUGAUCCGCUCUAUCCUGGAGUCCCGUAAAACCCAAGUCUCCUCAUCCGUCUACACAAAUCAUUUGCAGCAGUGAUAUCAUGACCCACGAUUGCUACAUUG